AUGCCCCAUGUAGCUGACCUUGCAACAAAGGCAUCAAAAAUUACUAUUUUUGUGUACAAUCAUGUGGCUUUUCUUUCAUGGCUUAGGAGAAGAGAUGGCUGGACAGAAAUUGUACGCCCAGGAGCGACCAGGUUUGCUACUACCUUUAUUGCAUUGAAAAGUUUGCAUGAGCACAAGCAUGACUUGCAAGCCUUGGUCUUAGAUAAACACUUUCAUGAUAAUAAACUAUCAAGGACUAAAGCUGGGCAACUAGUUGGUGACAUUGUGUUGGACAAGAAGUUUUGGGAUGAUUGCCAUCAAAUUGUAUGUCUUGUGGGUCCUCUUAUCAAGCUACUAAGAAUUGUAGAUGCUAAUGAAAAACUAUCUUUGGGUUAUGUUUAUGAGGGUAUGCAGAGAGUAAAGAAUUCAAUCAAAAAUUUCUUUUGUAGAAAGAAGGAACAAUACAAACCUUACACAAGCAUAAUUCAAGCUCGGUGGGAUAAGCAUUUGAAGUGUGAUUUGCAUGCAGCAGCCUACUUUUUAAAUCUUGCAUUCUUGUAUGAUCAAGGAUUUAUAGAGAAGAGUAGAGUGACAAAAUCAAUGUUGGACUAUUUUUCAAUAUACAAGUCUACCUAUAAAUAUUCUGACAUGAUUUCUGAGAUGCAAAUGUACCGCAAGCGCCAAGGCUCUUUUAGUCGAGAAGAAGCUCAUAAAAUAGCUGAAGAAGUUCCAACUCCAAAUCCUGAUUUCACUAUUGAGGAAAUUCAAAAUGAAGAUUUUUUUGGUGGAAAUGCAUGUCCCUCUGGAUCUAGUCUUGAAUUAAGGGAAAAUGAAGGUGUUGUUGAAGAUGUCAAUGUUCUGCAAUCUCCUAUUUUGAAUUCAUCAAAUGCUAUAAGAGUUGAAGGAGAUGUUUGUGAUCUACAACAUGAUUUUGGAGAGUUUAAUUUAAAAGAUUUAUAUGGCAAUUGA